CAGUGCCAAUUGAGAUAACACUUCUACGUCCUUAAAGAAGAUACAUCUACAUAAAGCGAGCAUGGUUGUGUGAAAGAUGUAAAUGGCGCAAAACGACGUGAUUGUCAUCAGCGACGAUGAAGGAGACUUUGUCAACAAAAAGAUAUCGGAGGAAACACAAAUUAUUGUUAUCGAUGAGGACGAUGACAUUGUCGAAUUGACGGAAACGACGAGCAAUGUCAUCGAAACAAUCGCAAGUAGUCAAGUUAAAUCUGAGUCCUGUCGUCCGUUGAAAAAUUUGAAAUUCAGCGAAAAUGGCGUUAAGAGGCUCCAAGCUCAGGUAAAGCUCAUCGACAUUGGAAAAUCGAAGAAGCCACUGAAACUUAAAGCUGUGAAACCAGAGAAUGACGAGGUAGUUGCAACUAGUUCAACCGAAUUCAAAGAAACCAAUUCAUCGGUGCAGCAGGUGAGAAUUGAGAUGGAAAGAUUCCCGUUCUUCCCAUACUUAUUCUAAAACAAAGUCUCAGUGUUAAUGUAUUGUUUGGCCAUUGGUUUCUUUUAUCCAAGUACUGUAAGCAUAUCGAAGUAUAGGGUUAUACGGAAAUCUUGCAGAGUUUUCUUCAGAACUUUUCUUCCAAGCUCUGAAGAAAAUUGAAUUUCUUGGAACAAGAAAAAUUACAACCCAAUCUCUUUCAUUCAGUGUAGUGUCUGGCCAGAUCUUCAUGAGCAUCCCUAAUCCAGAUAAACUAGUAACCAAGCACAGUGUUUGGAUGUACUUUCUAAACCACAAGGAGGCUUAUUAAUAUCAAGGUUCCUUCAUAUCAUCGUAAAGCGGUUCAAAGUUGGUAAUGUUGUUACUUAGGUUAGUCUAGCUUACUCAGUGGACAACAACUGCCAUACUGGGGCUUAUAGUGGUAUCGGCUGCAUUGAGUUACCAGGACAACAUGUGUUACUUUUCCUGGACAGGAUGGUGGUUCACUGCAGGGUAUCCAAUGCUCACUUACUCUCAUGCUUAAAGUUGUGAUUGUCACCAACCAGAUUCUCUUGACCGAAAAAAAAAAAAAGAAACACUUGAACAUUAACAGACCUGACUGGUACAUUUUUUAAAUGUUUCAUAGUUAGAUUAAGAGCUUGAAUCAAUCUAAGUAGAGGGAUAUUUUUUCUAAUAAUCUUGCUUUCCAUGAAACCCUGCGAUAUUGAAAGGGGACACAAGAAGAAAGGUUGUGUAAAAACUCUUUGAGGCUUUGUCAAAAGUUUUUAUAGUUUCCUUGAAUUUCUAUGUUUUUUUGGGGUUAUAAUUGGGUCCUCUACAAAAAAUACCAAAUUGACUUUGACUUUGACUUUGAAAAAAGUUGAUGGAUGCAUUACAAGUCUUUUUGCAGUCAUCAAGUGUCACUGAAAGUUUGUUGUCUGAGGUGGAGAGAGGCAGUGUUUUGGUUAAGUGUGCUAACUACAAAACUCUCAUCUUUCCUGUUGACUGAUUCCUAAUCCUCUAUAUGUUUCCAGGUUAAGACUGAAGAAGAGGAUGCACACCGUGGGGAGUUAAGAAUGAACCUCUUUGAGAAAUUCUGGUCUGGUAAACAAGAAAUCAUUGGCAACAAACCUGCAAAAGUCAUUGAAAGUUUUGAUGACUCAUACAAACACAAAAAGGCUAAAAGCCCUUGUCAGUCUCCAUCUUCAUUAAAGCAGAGGAGACUCACCGCUGAGAGUUUCUCUCCUAAGAAGAGGCCUCCUUUACAUGGGAUUGUGAGAGAUGGAGAGCUUUUACAUUACACAACACCUUUACACUGCACAGUUCCACUGAAAAAAUUAGAACUUGCAAGCAAACAAGAAGAAAGCUUGAGCAAAACCUUCACUGAAAACCAGCUGAAUUCAUUGCAGGCUCUUAAAGAAGAGAAUUUUCACAAAACCUACCUGGAAACUGUCACCAGCUUUAUGAGUCCACGUCGUAAGCCACCUCCAUCCCUUCUGUUUUACCUGUUCAAUAAUAUCUUGCUCUCCAAGCAAAGUGGCUGUGGUACAGAAUGUUUUAGAAUUCUUUUAUGGAUUCAAGAAUUGCAUCCUGCUGAGGUGGCACAGAUGUUACAACAGAAAAUUACAUGGGAGUUUGUUUCCAUGAUAGUGAAGCUAGCAGGAUGCACGCAGUCUCACACAGUGGAAAGCUUUAAAAUGAAUGCCUCCAUGGCUUUGUCUUUUCUUGUAAGUGUCAUGGAAAAGGAAGUUGAGAAAAAGAAAGUCUGCCUUGUCAAGACAAGUGCGCACCGAUUUUUCUCAGUAGAUAGACUUUCGGGUAAUUUUCAUGAUGUUGUAGAGUGGGUUAAAAAGGCCACAGAAGAACAUCGCGAGGAACAAUUGGACCAACAUUGUGGGCAUAACUUCUGUCCACUAUAUUUAUUACAAAGAAUGCUUCAGUUGUCAGUGUUAGUCAGUCAAAGACCAGAGGACACUGCUGUAAGACUAGCCAAUGAUUUAGUUUUGGCUUAUGUAGAGUUACCAUCUAUCAAGUAUAAAACAUUGUUGCUUCAGUCAAUACAGUCACAUUUAUUGAAGACAAAGCUGAUUGAAAUUGUGGUGAAAAACUGUUGUUCUAUUGAUGAAGAGUUAGAGGAAGAAAGAAUGACUAGCUCUGGAUUAAAAAAUGUGGUCUUAAACUUCAAAAGAUCUCCACCUCUCUCUGAUGGCAUUGUUAGCACUACAAACUGUGAAGAAUUUGUUAUGCUUCUUGCAUAUUGGCUGCAGAGCUUUAUUUUCUGUCACAAGAGGUCUUUAAUGGCAAAAGGAAAAGAAUCACAGCGAGUUUUGUCCCUAGAUGAUGUGGAGGUGCUGAGGAGAAUUGAACAGGAAGUGUCUAUUUUGACAGCUCGUUUAGAGUUAUUAUGUGACUCUACACUCUCCCCAAGAAGCUACCAAUUACUGCAAUUAAUCUUGUCACUAAAGAGUUUUGCACAAAUUCCAUAGAUGAUGUUGCUGCAAAUUGUAUGAUGUCAUGUAACAAGGGUGAUUGAGACUGUUUUGUUGUACUUAAGUAGCUUGAUGCAUGAUUACAAUCAAGAGAAAAUCUCACCAAAACCGUGAUUUCUUGUGCUUCUGUUGGAAACUAAAAGAAUCAGGAUGAAGAAUGAGUCAGGUUGGUUUGGAAAAGUUUAGGACAAAGAACAUGUGAUGCGAAUUAAAUAGUUUAUAUUAUAAAUAAAUACCAUUCAUAUUCAGAGUACAUUUUGUGGCAAGUCUUUUUUUAUAACCAUUUAUUUGAAUGAUGUGGGGAUUUAGGAAUGUUGUUUUAAAUCCAGAUUCACUGAAAUCCAGGAUAUUAUAAUUUUCUAACCACCUGAAAAAAAAUUCCAAAUCAAUACAGAACAGUACUGACAAUAACUUAUUAAUUAUUACUGUUCACUACAGCGAUUUUAUUUUACAGCAGUUAUCAUUAGCAUGCAUUAUCCCUUCUUCCAGGUCACUUAAUCCUUUGACCCUCAGGAUUGACCAAGAAAGAAUUUCUCCUUACAGUGUCAAUACAAUAUCAAGCAGACAAGUGAUGAGAAUAAAGAGAAAUAUGCAUAUGGGAAUUAUUAGUUGAUCCAAUUUGGAAUUCAUAGAACUAACAUCAUAAGAACUGUAUGGUAGACAGUAAGGAGAAUUACUAUUGAGAUCUUGGGAGUGAAAGGGUUAACCCUCUUGGGUUGAGCACUCUUCACUUGUGCAACAUAUACAAUGAAAAAGUUAUUCCUUUUAAAAAAUGGGUGAAUGCAUUUUAUUGUCAAAUAAUUCCCUUGCGUUCAUCAAAGGUAUAUCCAAUUAUUUUCUAAUAAUAUGCACAUGGUUAAAUUUUUAUUUGCUAAGGAGAAGGUUUUAGUUCAAUUUUUGAACCCACUGAUGUCAAAGUGGAAACACAAGGGAAUAAGAGUUGAACUUCUCACAGCUGAUCAUUUUUAAUUGCUUAU